AUGGUUGGCCAACCUGAUACUCGUAGUACUUGCUCGUCUGGUUGUUGCGGCGAGCAACAUAAGGAGAUCAAGCCCAGGAACACCUGCGGUCCCCAGACUUCUGACCAAGGGCAAACCGCGAACGAUGGUUCCACUGAGAAACCACAGGAAGACGAUCCCAAUAAUCCCAGCUGCUGCAGAGAUAAGCCAUCUCCCUGCUGUGAUGUCUCUUGCCUUGAUCGUAUCGCUCUCCGCGAAUGCCACAAAGAGCAGAUAUUAUCAUCGUCUAGCGAGGCAGCUCCACAGCUCCUGACCAUCAGCUGCCAAAGUUCCGAUGGCAGCCCAUGCGGCCAGCACCGUCGCUCAGCGCGCACCCAAUACAUGGCGAGGCUGGAAGCUCUGGGCUGUAUUUGCCGUGCUUUGAUAGCACUCGGACAGGAAUCCUGCUGUGUACCACCAAAACGCGCCCCUGCUGGUAACAGCCGUCGCUCUACCGAUUCUUGCUCUGCAGGGGGUAGCCCGGGGUCCGAGAGACGCCGCAACGCAAGUGUGAAGCGUGGAGGAGAGACUUGCUCGAGCGGCUGCUGUGAUCCUCCUAAGGUUCCUACCCUGGUUAAGCAGUGUCCUUCCACUAGCAAGGGGAAGGCUGUCACCUCUGGUAGCUGUUGCAGUAGAGUUGAAAAGUCUGAAUUUGCUGGACCGCAUGCCUCCGUUACGAAGGGUGAGUUCAGCAAUAUCAACACCUUUCCGAAAGGUUGUUGCGGCAAAUUAAAGGUUUACCCGACUUCAUCUGCCGAUCAGUGUCCGUCUCCUGAAAAAGGAAAUUCUGGCACAAUCGAGUGCUCAGCUGGUUGCUACAGUAAAUCCAAACCACCCUCCUGUGCCUUGGAUGGAGAGAAGCUCAGUAAGCCCGCUUGCUCAUCUCGCUGCUGUAAUAGGCCUGAAGGGCCCUCCGAUAUUUUGCCUGCAUCAAAGGCCGAUACAUCUGGACCUGUUACCUGCUCAACUGGCUGUUGCGGUAAGUCCGUAAUAUCUCCAUGCAGAAUUACCGAGGAAACGCCUAGCGACUUAAUCGAGGUCAUCCCGGCCGCUGCUACUCCUGACCUAGAAAAACGAAUGACGGGCAAGGAGCACGUCGUUUUGACUAUAUCUGGGAUGACGUGUACCGGGUGUGAAACAAAACUCAACCGAACUUUGGGCACAUUGCAGUCUGUCCAGAACCUGAAAAGUAGCUUGGUGCUCUCCCGAGCAGAGUUCGACCUCGACGUGGGUAUUCAAUCACUCGAUGAAGUGUUGAAGUAUUUGGAAAGGACUACCGAGUUUAAGUACGAGCGAGUCACCGACCGAGGAUCUCACAUCGAUGUGAUAGUCCCCAAUGCGUCUGAGUUCAUAAAGCAAGACUGGCCUCGGGGCGUGACCGAGAUGGCACCGAUUGGCGAUGGAACCGUCAAUGUUGCUUUUGAUGCGAAAAUAAUCGGAGCGCGAGAUCUGGUUGAACAUGGCUGGGGCAGUCCUCUCAACCUGGCUGCUCCUCGGCCUGAUCCGACGCUCCAAGCUGGAAUUAAGCAUGUGCGCCAUAUGGGAUAUAUGACUAUUCUGUCCAUUAUUCUAACAGUCCCUGUCUUGGUCAUGGCUUGGGCUCCACUUCCAGAAAGGGAAACCGCCUAUAGCUCUGCAUCGCUUGCACUGGCGACGAUUGUACAGAUAGUCAUCGCCGGCCCGUUCUACCCAAAAGCAUUGAAAGCCUUGGUAUUUUCUAGGAUUAUUGAGAUGGAUCUGCUUAUUGUGCUGAGCACGAGCGCCGCCUACAUUUUCUCAGUAGUCUCAUUUGGAUACGCCAUUGCGGGCCAGCGACUCUCUACUGGUGAGUUCUUCGAGACAAGCACGUUGCUGGUUACCCUGAUAAUGGUUGGUCGAUAUGUCGCCGCACUGGCUCGCCAGAAAGCUGUUGAAUCCAUUUCGCUUCGGUCACUUCAGAAGCCUACUGCUAUCCUCACGGAUCAAUCCGGGGCGAGUGAAAAAGAGAUUGAUGUCAGACUCCUUCAAUAUGGAGACAUCUUCAAGGUCUUUCCAGACUCUCAGAUUUCUACCGACGGCACAGUUAUCGGAGGCUUGUCAGAGGUAGACGAAUCAAUGAUUACUGGAGAGUCUAUACCGGUAGACAAAUCCCUUGGAUCUGCCGUUGUCGCAGGAUCUGUGAAUGGCUCUGGGACGCUGAUUGUCAAGUUGACACGUCUCCCUGCUAAUAAUACUAUCUCUAUCAUCGCAGGGAUGGUAGAUCAAGCAAAGAUGUCAAAAGCAAAGAUCCAGGAUAUCGCGGACCGAGUGGCGAGCUACUUUGUACCCAUAGUAGCCGCUCUGACUAUCAUCACCUUCGUGAUCUGGAUUGCAGUAGGCAUCGCGGUGCGAAACCAGUCUGGAUCUCGAGCAACCACGGAGGCCAUAACAUACGCGAUCACUGUUCUGAUUGUUUCUUGUCCCUGCGCGAUCGGCCUGGCAGUACCUAUGGUCAUCGUUAUUUCCAGCGGCGUCGCUGCCGAGCGAGGCGUCAUUUUUAAGGCGGCAGAUAGUAUCGAGCUUGCUUGGAAGACUUCCCACGUGGUAUUCGACAAAACCGGAACCCUCACCCAAGGCAAACUGACUGUUGCUAUUGAGCAUAUAGACACCACGAGGGAUUCCAUGUCUCUACUUCUCGGCCUAGUUGGGAGUAACAAGCACCCAAUUUCCGCCGCCGUUACAGCACAUCUGAAAGCCAAGGACAUCCCAGCGUCUACUGUCUCUGACGCAAAGGUACUAACGGGCAAAGGUGUAGAAGGGUCUGCACCAGGAGUCAUCUUCCGCGCAGGAAACUCGCGAUGGCUCAACCUCUCGUCCCAUCCUCAGGUCCAAUCCGUCCUCGAACGAGGCUAUACAGCAUUUUGCUUCACAAUCAACGACAAACUCGCCGCCGUAUUUGGCUUAGAAGACUCACUCCGCGCAGACGCGCUCGAAACCAUCACGAAACUCCAGGAACGCGGUAUAUCCGUCCACCUCCUCUCAGGUGACGACGAUGGCGCCGUCCACUCCGUCGCAAGACAGCUCGGCAUCGCAGCUGAAAAUAUCCGCUCUCGCUGCACCCCAGCCAGCAAACAAGCCUAUAUCCAAGCCCUGCAGACCCCAGUCGAUCAACCCGCCCCCAAGAGGAGCCCCACAACAAUCUUCAUCGGCGACGGCACAAACGACGCCAUCGCGCUCGCCACCUCCACAAUCGGCGUACACAUGAACCAGGAAACCGGGACCGACGUCGCUAAAUCCGCCGCAGACGUCGUGCUCAUGCGGCCCAGCCUACUCAGCAUCCUAACGAUGAUCAAUAUCAGUGAGAAGGCAGUGUGGCGGAUCAAGUUCAACUUUGGAUGGAGCUUCGUAUAUAAUCUGUUUGCCAUCUUGCUUGGUGCAGGGGCGUUUGUGGACGCCAGGAUUCCGCCGGAGUUUGCGGGACUGGGGGAGUUGGUUAGUGUCUUGCCUGUUGUUCUUGCAGCCGUACUGUUGAAGUGGGCGCGGGUUUAG